AUGCCGGGUGAUUUAAAUUUAAAGAAGUCAUGGCAUCCUGGUUUAAUGAAAAACCAGAAAAAGCUCUGGGAACAAGAACAAGAGGCGUUAGGUGAACAUUUAAAGAUAAAGGCAAAAAGUGAAGAAUUAAAAAAAGAAAAGGAAAAACAAGAAUUAAUCAAAUUACAAUAUGGUGAUGCCAAUAACGUUCCUAUAAAAGUAAAAAGGGAGCUAAAUAAUCUUAACUGGAUGUAUGAUGAUUCCAAGUCUGGCAAUAAAUCAAAUAGUGAAUUCAAUGACAUGGAUGAUGAGUUCUUGCUAGGUAAGCGAAAGGUUGAGAAUAUGCUUAGCGGAAAUAAAUAUAUUGACACUAAAGAAACUAGCAGAUUUGAAGAAGCCAUAAGCUCCUCAAAUAAUGGUGACAAGAAUAUCCAGAAUGACCCUCUAAUAAGAAUAAAGAAUGAACAGUUAAAGAAGUACCAGUCAGUUAAAGAUUCAGGUAGACAUAGUUCUAAAGACAGGCACCGAUCUAGAGAUAGGUCACCGAAUAGACAUACAUUUAGGCAUAAAAGCGAUAAUGAUAAAGUUUCAAAGCAUAGACAUUCAAGUCACAGAGAAUCGAGAUCAGGGAGGUCAAAACUGAAGAGUUCACAUAGACAUUCAAGAGAUAAAGACUCCAUCGAUGGUUCUAAGGAUUAUAGUCAUCUUUCACAAAGAGACAAUACUAAAACUCCAAGUGAAUUCAUAACGUACUAA